AUGGCAUCUGAGCUGGCCACUGAUAACCAGCAGCAGCUGCAAGAGCUGCCUGGUGCUCUUGAGUGCCCUUGGGCUCCAAUCCAUGUCUGCAGGCAGCAGGACCUGUCUCAACUAUACUCCGUCUUGGCGGACUCCUUGAACACGGGCCUGCCCUUCAUCAUCAUCGAGACAAGCACCAUCAAGCCUUACCAUCGAGGGUUUUACUGCAAUGAUGAGAGCAUCAAGUACCCACUGAAAACUGGUGAGACAAUAAAUGAUGCUGUGCUCUGCGCUGUGGGGAUCGUCAUUGCCAUCCUCGCGAUCAUCACAGGGGAAUUCUACCGGAUCUACUACCUGAAGGAGAAGUCUCGGUCGACGAUCCAGAACCCCUAUGUGGCAGCUCUCUAUAAGCAAGUGGGUUGCUUUCUCUUCGGCUGCGCCAUCAGCCAGUCUUUCACGGACAUUGCCAAAGUGUCCAUAGGGCGCCUCCGUCCUCACUUCCUGAGUGUCUGCAACCCUGAUUUCAGCCAGAUCAACUGCUCCGAGGGCUACAUUCAGAAAUACGAAUGCAGAGGCGAUGACAUCAAAGUCCAGGAAGCCAGGAAGUCCUUCUUCUCUGGCCAUGCCUCCUUCUCCAUGUACACUAUGCUGUAUUUGGUGCUCUACCUUCAGGCCCGCUUCACUUGGCGCGGUGCCCGCCUGCUCCGGCCCCUCCUGCAAUUCACCUUGAUCAUGAUGGCCUUCUACACGGGACUGUCCCGUGUAUCGGACCACAAGCACCAUCCCAGCGACGUCCUGGCAGGAUUUGCUCAAGGAGCCCUGGUGGCCUGCUGCAUAGUUUUCUUCGUGUCCGACCUCUUCAAGACGAAGAUGGCACUCUCCCUGCCUCCCCCUGCUAUCAGGAAGGAAAUCCUUUCACCUGUGGACAUUAUUGACAGGAACAAUCACCACAACAUGGUGUAGGUGCCAUCCACCUCCUGAGCUGUUUUUAUAAAAUGACUGCUGACAGCAAGUUCUUGCUGCUCUCUGAUCUCAUCAGACAGUAGAAUGUAGGGAAAAACUUUUGCCCGACCGAUUUUUAAAAAGAAAAAAAAAAUGUUUUACCUUGUGGCCUUCCAAAAUAGGUAGUGUUCACCUAUGUGGAAACAACAGCAAACUAACACCAAGUGCCGGAGUCCUGGAUGUGCAAUUGGUUUAGGUGUUCAUGUUCUAGUGAGCACGGGCUUGUUCAGGAACAAACACUAAAACGAUUUGAAUAGAGGCUGCUGGUCACCUUUUGUGACCUGAGGCAUCCCAGGCCUGUGAGAAAAGCUGAAAUUCAUAUUGUAGCACACGAUGCCAGAAAUAGCACUGAAUCAAGAAAGUAGCCAUGGGCAGGGGCUGCCCUCUUGCCUCUCUCUCUGUCCAUCCCAUUCUACUCUCUCCUGUGACUUUGGGUCAGGAAGUUUUGUCCUGUUUUUGUUUUGUUUUGUUUUGUUUUUAAUAUAAGGAAAGAGCAAGUUUGCUCAGUCAAGCGAUCGAUCCCAAAUCCAGAUUCCAGUCCAGAGGCCUCAUCACUUCCCCAAUCCUAUAGGCCAAUAACCACAGUCCCUCACAUUAGCGAUUAGGAGACUCUUUGUGGAUGGGUGAAUUUCACAAAUAGCACAAUUUAAGAAGAAAUAGAGGGCACAGCCCUCACCUGUCUCCUUUUGACGCAUCCUCUUGUGACGUUGAAACGCCGACUGCAGGAUGCUGAUAUUGUUGUGUACAUCAAUCACCGGGCACUUGCACACUCUUAGAAACAGACUUCGGUUACUGCCUUCUCCCUUGAAAUCCUUGCUGUGUGCCUACCAGGAUUUUCUGUGAGGGUCCGGGGAUGAGCAAAGGCAUGGCCUACCACCGGCUGAUGGAAACCAGCCUUCUUCUGUACAACAGAUGGGAGAGUGAAGGGGGCAGAAUGAAACACGAGCCAACCUUCUGGCUCCUCCAAGUCAGAAGGAGCCAGGGUAGUGGGCAGUCUCAUGCCUGAGAGGCUAUCCUUCAGGAUGAUGGAGCUGAAGGUCUUUGUGGACGUUGGCUCUUGCUAAGCUGGGUAAAGCACUAUUGUCUUGGGGUUGACCCCUAGGGCCGUUCUUGGUAGCUUCUGCUGGGCAGAACACUUGGGUUAAAUCUUCGUAGAGAGUUUUCCUCAUCCCCUAUCCAUAAGUGUCCUUCCGAGCAAGUUCCCUCUAGGCGGUAGACAGGAACCCCUUCUACUGAACCUUUGAGGAAAGGAGGAAGGAAAAAUGAUUUUAGAUCUUGGAUGCAAACCUUUCAAAGGGCUACAUGUAACCAUAUGGAUCAACCACAUGCACAUCCUUACUACAGAAUCCGUCCUUUCAUUUCAACUUAUAGCAAGCUAUGAUUUUUAUAUAUAAAUAUUAUAUAAAUAAUGUAUAAAACAUUAAAAGUUAACUAUGUAAAAUAUUAUUUCUGAAACAAUUUUAGCUAUAUCCACUAUGAUUAUAAACUGUGUCUCGACCUGUGUUAUUUACAUUAGCUGCUUUAAAAAGCAUUGAGUUAAUUUUUUUUAAUAUCAACUAAAAUAUCGUAGUUCUGUGGUAGACAUUGUUUUAUAAUGAGAGAAAUAACUGCAACUAGAGAAAACUGUAUAAAAACAUUAAAUUGUCAGUAUUUUUGUAAGGUUCCAUUUUGUAAAGAGAAUAAUAUUCAAAGACUUUUGUAGCAUACAAAGUGAAAACUUGUAUCUGCGAAACUGUACUUGUAUUAAAUGUGCUUUUUAAAUAAAAGCUCGUAACACAACUAA